AAGUGACCAUAUUCUUGUUUUAUCAUAAAACUAAACGUAACGGUUUGUUUAAGUUUAAUUUAAUUCAACAUGAAAUUUAUUCAUAUUUUAUCGCUACUCCUGGUAGCUUUGGUAGCUUGUACGAUGGCCCAAAAUUGUCCUGGUAGUCCACGUAAUCCCUCGUGCAAUGGUCAACGUAAUAUUGGAAACCGUUGUCGUCGCUGUAGGCGAUCUGUAAUGUGGUGGUAUGAUUCUCGUUCUAACCAAUGUCGUGAUAUACUCUAUUUGGGUUCUCGCGGUAAUGACAAUCGCUGGUGUUCAAAGGAAAUUUGUGAACAGAGAUGUCGCCGUCGUUAAAUAUAUGCAUGAAGUGUAAUUGACUUAAUGAUUUAUAAUUUUCAAAUAAACAAAAAUAAGUGUGUUUUCAUCUUAAUCCUGUAAUCCUAAAAGAA